AAUAAAAACAAAUGUACUGUAGCUAAAAACUAAAAACAAAAAAGUGACCAAAAGAAAAUAAAAGCGCGCUUAGUAGUAAACACAGACACAGUGACUCAGUGAGUUCGUGCGUGAUUGCGCGUGAGGGACGAAGAGAGAGACAAACUGAUAAGACAACUAGAAUGGAAAAAACCACCGAAACGACGCCGUCCUACUCAUUGCAAGAUCAGGCUACGACAGAGCUCGGCGCCGGCGGGAAACUAAGGAGGCAACAGCCACGUCGACCACCUACCACACCCUACGCCCGUCCUCAGCAGAACCAAUGCUUACGCGGUCGCUUACUCUCCAAACUCGUCGAUCCGGCUUGCCGUCUCAUAGCCAGCGGCGCCUCUAGAAUCCUCCCCUCUCUCUUCUUGAAACCCCUCAACAACGAUUCUCUCCCGCCGCCAGAACCUCAAGCUCAUGGUGAGUUGGACGAAGAUAUAGAAGAACAUACUAAUGAAGAAGAUCAAAGUUGUUAUUCAACUUUUGUAGUGUCCGAAACAGCUGGUACUAUUGGGACAACUGAUGGACCAAAGGCUGGUUCUGGCAUUGCUGAACAUAGAAAAGGCAACCAGGGUGACAUUAGAGACGAUGGGCUUUCAGAAAUUGAGAAGCUAAUGAAGGGGAAAACAUUUUCGAGGGAUGAAAUCAAUCGUCUGAUAGGGAUUAUAAAUUCAAAGGCUGUUGAUGUUCCUCAAGUUGACCAAGAAGAUAGGAAUUUAACCCUAUCUACUGGAGGUGACAAGGGACCUAUAGUUUCUCAAAACCUGAGAAGGCCGACUGAAGAAAAAAAGGAUGAUCUGAAUAUAACUACAAGGGAUUUGGCAACCCCACUUUCGAAGCCAACUCUCCUAAAUGAUACUGCACCUUCACCAAUUGAAAUUGCAAAAGCAUACAUGGCAAACCGGACAUCAGAAUCAAACCUAGGUUCUAAGAGUAUUAUAUCAAAAGAUGAAAGACCAACAAUGCUUGCUGGCGAUUUUGCAUCAGAACCAUUUGUUCCAUUUGCUUCACCGAAGCCAUCCACAUGUUGGCCAGGUUCCAUGGUACAUGAUCAACGUAGUUAUCGAACUCCACAAAGUCAAAGAGGUAGAUUUGGACUUCAUAACAUUCCAAGAACCCCUUACUCCAGAACCAUCUAUUCAAAAUCUAAAUCCAAGAUGGCUCAUGUACGAGGCAAGGGUGAUGCUUUCCUGAAUGGUUCAUUCUCUCCUUUAAUGCAAUCACAAACUCCUGCAUAUGGGCAGUUGAGGAGCAACAUGGUGGAUAAAGGCUAUGGAUCUGUGGGACCCAUUUGCAGGAUUCGUCAUAAGGGCACUGCAGAAAUUCCAUCCAGAGGAUCUAUUUAUUCUUAUUCAUCAUUAAAUGAUCCUUUUCCAGUGGGAAAUUCCAAUGUUUCCAAAGGUCAAUUUUCUUCAAUCAAGAAGAAUUUGGAGCAAGGAGGCGCCAGUAGCUCCUCAGAUAUUCAAUCAUUAGAUGGUAAUAGGAGCUCUAAAAUGGGUAUCUCACCUGUUCAUCCUCAUUCCAGUCAGAUGGCUAGGACAAUAUUGGAGCAUCUUGAGCGAACUCUAGUGACUCCUAAGAAGAAGUCUGAGGAGUUAAAGAUAGCCACUUCAUGGAAAAAAUCUGAGUCUUCGGAUGUUAAUGCUGCCGUUUCAGCGGAGCACAACGAUUUGCCAAAUUUAGGACUUGAUUCUUCCAAAAGCAGGGAUAAAUUGAACAACAGAAGCUCUGCUCCAUGGAAUGAUAACUCAAUUUCUGUCACUUCUCCAGAAAGUACCAUUGAGGCUAAGAAUGUGAAGAAAACUUGUGCUUCCGAUUUAAAAGUUGAUAGUACUGUUACAAUGUUUGGCAAUAAUGCAGGGUCUUUACUAGAUUGUGGAAAAACUCAGGAUUCUCAAAUGAAGACUGCACACAAGGAUCUCCCAAAGUUCACCGGUGCUGCAGUGUCUGAGGCACCAUGUGAGGGUUUGCUAAAGCCUUCAUCUAAUUCUUCGGGAAAUAAACCAGUUUUGGCUUCAAUUUCUGUGACCAAGCCUGAGCAAAGGUGGAUGUUUACUUCAGAUAAUAGCACGGGAUUCACAUUCCCUGUUUCUGCAUCUUCUGGUGUGUCUUCUGAGCCUCCAACACCAACCAUCAUGCCAUUUCUAUCAGGUAGCAGUCAGCAUCAACCCAAAGAGGAACUAACAGAACCUUCAUAUAGUUUUGGGUUGAACAGAUCUUCUCCUGCCCUCGUUUUUUCAUUCCCUUCAACAAGCAGUGCCCCCAACCAUGUUGAUGCUUCGGAUAUUAGCUUCAACUUCGGAUCGGAUAGGUCAUCAAGAUUAUGUUUCAGUCCAAUUGGAAAAAAUACCAUAUGCCACUGACACACAAAUAGAUAUUUUUAAUUUUCCUUUUUGGGUCCUGGGAGAGUUUAGCAAGUUGGAGUUUGAUGAUGAGAAUCUCAAUUGGUUAUAUGCUUUUAUUAUAGGAGAAAGCAAAAGCUGAAACAUGGAUUCAGUUAAAUUUAGAACUUAGUUAUUAUUAUUAUUUGGUUAUUACUUAAAA